AUGCUGCACCCCCCCAUUCCUGUGACCCCAUUCCUGUGCACCCCUGUCCCUGUGCACCCCGAUACACUGCGCACCCCGGUUCCUGUGUACCCCGAUACAACCGCACACCCCAGUUCCCGGGUAUCCCUGUCCCUGUGCACCCCGAUGCAUCAUGCACCCUGGUUCUUGCAUGCCCCAGCCCUGUGCACCCCUGUCCCUGUGUACCCCAUUACACCGCGCACCCUGGUUCCUGGUUCCUGUGCACCCCGAUACACUGUGCACCCCGGUUCCUGUGUACCCCGAUACAACCGCACACCCCAGUUCCCGGUUCCUGUGCACCCCGAUACACUGUGCACCCCGGUUCCUGUGUACCCCGAUACAACCGCACACCCCAGUUCCCGGGUAUCCCUGUCCCUGUGCACCCCGAUGCAUCAUGCACCCUGGUUCUUGCAUGCCCCAGCCCUGUGCACCCCUGUCCCUGUGUACCCCAUUACACCGCGCACCCUGGUUCCUGGUUCCUGUGCACCCCGAUACACUGUGCACCCCGGUUCCUGUGUACCCCGAUACAACCGCACACCCCAGUUCCCGGUUCCUGUGCACCCCGAUACACUGUGCACCCCGGUUCCUGUGUACCCCGAUACAACCGCACACCCCAGUUCCCGGGUAUCCCUGUCCCUGUGCACCCCGAUGCAUCAUGCACCCUGGUUCUUGCAUGCCCCAGCCCUGUGCACCCCUGUCCCUGUGUACCCCAUUACACCGCGCACCCUGGUUCCUGGUUCCUGUGCACCCCGAUACACUGUGCACCCCGGUUCCUGUGUACCCCGAUACAACCGCACACCCCAGUUCCCGGGGCGGCUCUGCUGGGACCUGGCCGGGUAUUUCCUCUGGCCCUUCGGCAAAGUGAUCCAGAAAGUGGAGACGGAGGUGCCGUUGGAGGGGGAGGUGAUCCUGUGCUGCUACCGCGCCGUCAACCCCUACUACUACAAAUACGCCGUGGACGGCAUCAACGUCUUCGCCGUCAACCUGCUGCCGCUGGUGCUGGUGACGCUGGGAACUGGACACAGCACUGCAGAUGGGGCCCUCACCAGGGCAGAGCAGAGGGGAAGGAGAACCUCCCUUGCCACCGUGCCAGCCCCGCUGACGCUCUCCUCCUCCUCCUCCAGCAUCUCGGCCCAGAGCAACUUUGCGGUGGGAGCGGUGGUGAACGCCACGUUCGGCUCCAUCACGGAGCUCACCUUCUACAUCACGGCCCUCAUCAAGGGCUCGCGCGAGGGCAACCGCUGCUACGCCGAGGUCGUCAAGUCAGCGUUGACGGGGACGCUUGUGGGCUGCGUCCUCUUCGUCCCGGUGAGAUGGGGUGGCACGCUCACGGCACGAGAGUGCCCGGUCUCUGCAGAAAGCCAGGAGGAUGCUGAUGGGGACAUUUUCUGGGGGGGUGUCUUUGCCCCGACGCUGUUCUCCAAGGUGUACGGGAAGCUGGUGUGCGGCGAGUGCCACAACGUCACCCAGAACCCGCUGGGCCACUACCUCUGCCACAACUGUCACUUUGACCUGAUGGAGGACAACGGCACCCUCUACUAUAGUCACGUCCAACCCCUGGUGUACACCGUGUCCCUGCUGCUCCCUGCUGCCUACCUCAUCGGCCUCUUCUUCACCCUGAAAACUCACUCGCACAUUUACGACAUCCACAUCAGCGACUGUCACAUGCCUGGCCACCACCACAGCGCUGUGGUCCACUGGUCUCGCUGGCGGGCACUGGUCAUCCUCCUGCUCUCCACCCUUUGCAUGUCAGCCUGUGCUGACCUGGCCACGGAGCACAUCAGCCCCAUCCUCACCAACUCCACCAUCUCGCAGUACUUCAUUGGUGUCACUGUGCUGGCGAUGGUGCCUGAGCUGCCGGAGAUCGUUAACGGCAUCCAGUUCGCCCUGCAGAACAACCUGAGCUUGAGCAUUGAGAUUGGGAACUGCAUUGCCGUCCAGGUCUGCAUGCUCCAGAUCCCCAUCCUGGUGCUCUUCACCAUCUUCUACCCGACCAACUUCACGCUUGUCUUCAGCGACCUCCACGUCUACGCCAGCAUGUUCAGCGUGGUGCUCAUGAACUACAUCUUCAUGGAUGGCAAAUGUGACUACUUCCAAGGCACGGUGCUGGUGAUGGUUUACUUCAUCCUCCUGGCUGUGUAUUUCUUCGCCCCAUCGCCCAGUGGUUGCUGA